UUGAAUAGAAAUCAGAUUCGGACCUUUGAGUAUUAGUUUUGAGAGCAGUACGUCAGAAUCACACGGUUAUCUGGCGCGUGAUUUGCGCGUGUGUUUUGUCCUAACUUGCGACCCGUAGAUUUUCCUCAGCGCGUGAAACAUGGCGAGUACAGGCGGUCGGUUAGCGACGGAUAGUGACCUUCUAAGAUACUCCGAAUAUACAGCCACAUCUAACCAGCGGAGUGAGACAGAGAUUGACAAACGUUUUGGCAGCACAUUGAUUGCAGUCGGGCUUGGUGUCGCAGCAGCAGGGUUUGCAGGUCGAUACGCGUUCCACUUAUGGAAACCUCUUGGUCAAGCAAUUACACAAACUGCCAGAAAGUUUCCCUCUACUGCAUUCUCGACACAUUAUUAUAAAGGUGGAUUUGAGCAGAAGAUGACUAAGCGGGAAGCCAGUCUUAUUCUAGGGAUCAGUCCAACAACUGCCAAGUCAAAGGUGCGAGAAGCCCAUAGGAGGAUCAUGGUCCUAAAUCAUCCGGAUAAAGGUGGAUCUCCAUAUUUGGCAGCGAAGAUCAACGAAGCAAAAGAUAUUCUUGAGUCUGGCAAUCGGAGUUAACCUUCUGUGUUCUUCAAAGCACCAUUUACUCACCAAUCCUCCUCUCCACUUCUUGAGCUCACAUUGACCAGAAUCCUCUCGUCUGAGCUCACAUGUCCUGACUCAGCCACCUCAAAGGCUCUGCAGUGCUGUUUUCCUAGCCAAGAACCUCAACCUCAUGAGAAAUGUAAGAGAUAGGGAGCAUGCACAUUUAUUAACAUCUUUAUUACAGGUGUCUUGUAAAUGCUUUAGGUGUAUGAUAUGGCUUCAGACUUCAGAAAAAAAAAACAUUAGUUUGUCUUUUGCAUAAAUGUAAGGGUGCAAACAUUUGCCUAGAACUAAGCUAGUACAACGUACACCUAUGGCUAUAUAAUGUAAUUUAUAAUACUGAAUAAACAGACUGAAAAAAUG